UAACUCUCUUCAGCAACAACUAAACUGGAAAUGGCAUCCUAUUCCUAUUCCCUCCUCCUUCUCUUUAUCCUCACCACCUUCACCUCCUCCGAAGCCGCCGGAAUCGCCACCUACUGGGGCCAGAACGGCAACGAGGGCACCCUCGCCGAUGCAUGCAACUCCGGCAACUACCAAUACGUCAACAUUGCAUUCCUAAACGUCUUCGGCAACGGCCAAACCCCCUCCCUCAACCUCGCCGGCCACUGCAACCCCGCCGCCGGCACCUGCACUGGCAUCAGCGACGACAUCCGGACCUGCCAGUCCCUCGGCAUCAAGGUGCUCCUCUCCCUCGGCGGCCAAAUCGGCACCUACUCCCUCGCUUCCGCCGACGACGCCUCCCAGGUCGCCGAUUACCUCUGGAACUCCUACCUCGGCGGCAGCUCCGGCACCAGGCCUCUUGGCGACGCCGUCCUCGACGGCAUCGACUUCGACAUCGAGAUGGGCGCGGGGCAGCCAUGGGACGAGCUGGCCCGGGCCCUCUCGGGGUACAACGCGCAGCGAAAGGUGUACCUAUCGGCGGCGCCGCAGUGCCCCAUCCCGGAUGCUGUCUUGGACGCGGCCAUCCAAACCGGGCUUUUUGAUUAUAUCUGGGUCCAGUUUUACAACAAUCAGCAGUGUGAUUACAGCGGCGGCAUCGACGGUGUUCUGGCCAGGUGGAACCAGUGGGCGGCGGUGCCCGGCGGCCAGGUGUUCAUGGGAGUGCCGGCCUCCACGGCGGCGGCGGGCACAGGAUACAUCCCCCCAGAUGUGCUCAACUCGCAGGUGCUGCCGGUCAUCAAGGCUUCGCAAAAGUAUGGAGGGGUGAUGGUGUGGAAUAGGUUCUUCGAUCAGAGCUAUAGUGCGGCCAUUCUGCCCAAUAUCUGAAAACUUCGUUCUUACUAAUUUACUCCCUCCGUCCCGCGAGUCUUGACACGUUUGGGUUCGGCACGGGAAUUAAGGAGUUAUAAAUUAGUGUUUUAAGUGUGUAAUUAAUAAAGUAUAAAAUUGAUAAAGUAGGAGAGAGAAGGUAAUAAAAGUGAUAAAGUAGGAAAGAGAAUAUAAUAAAGGUGAUAAAAUAGGAGAGAGAAGAUAAUAAUUAUUGCCAAAAAAGGAAACGUGUCAAGAUUCGUGAGACGGUUCAAAAAGAAAAACGUGUCAAGAUUCGUGGGACGGAGAGAGUACUAUGUUUUCGAAUAAUAAACAUCUUUUUUUUUUAAUAAACAUCUUUUAUGGUAGGCUGUUGAGGGUUUUACUAAUACUAUGUUGGAGAAUCAUAUAUAUUGGCACAAAAAUAAGGGAUUAAUAGUAAUUUAUCACUUCAAAGUUUGGCUAUU